GUCGGGCCGGGUGGCGGCGGCGGAGCCGGCAGGGCGGGCGCCAUGGGCAAGGAUUACUACCAGACGCUGGGCCUGUCCCGCGGCGCGUCGGACGAGGAGGUGAAGCGCGCCUACCGCCGCCAGGCGCUGCGCUACCACCCGGACAAGAACAAGGAGCCGGGCGCCGAGGAGCGCUUCAAGGAGAUCGCCGAGGCCUACGACGUGCUCAGCGACCCGCGCAAGCGCGAGAUCUUCGACCGGCUCGGGGAGGAGGGCCUCAAGGGCGGAGGCUCCAGCAGCGCGGGCGGCGGGGCCAACGGGACCUCUUUCAGCUACACAUUCCAUGGAGACCCUCACGCCAUAUUCGCCGAGUUCUUCGGCGGCCGGAACCCCUUCGACACCUUCUUCAGCCAGCGCAACGGGGAGGAAGGCAUGGACGUUGACGACACCUUCCCCGGCCUCUCCAUGGGCGGCUUCCCCAGCUUCGGCCGCUCCCGCCCGGCCCAGGAGCCCGUGCGCAAGAAGCAGGACCCGCCCGUGACCCACGACCUGCGGGUCUCCCUGGAAGAGAUCUACAGCGGCUGCACCAAGAAGAUGAAGAUCUCGCACAAGCGGCUGAACCCGGACGGCAGGAGCACGCGCAGUGAGGACAAGAUCCUGACCAUCGAGGUGAAGAAGGGCUGGAAGGAGGGCACCAAGAUCACCUUCCCCAAGGAGGGCGACCAGACCUGCAGCAACAUCCCCGCCGACAUCGUGUUCGUGCUCAGGGACAAGCCCCACAACAUCUUCAAGAGGGACGGCUCCGACGUCAUUUACCCCGCCAGGAUCAGCCUGCGGGAGGCGCUGUGUGGCUGCACGGUGAACGUCCCCACUCUGGACGGUAGGAGCAUCCCCGUGGUGUUCAAAGACGUUAUCAGGCCCGGGAUGCGGCGGAAAGUCCCAGGCGAAGGCCUGCCCCUCCCCAAGACCCCCGAGAAGCGGGGGGACCUGAUCAUCGAGUUUGAGGUGAUCUUCCCGGAAAGGAUCCCGCAGACGUCGAGAAGCGUGCUGGAGCAGGUGCUGCCCGUAUAACCGCCCCGGCCUCUGGGACCGCUCCCCGCUCUGGCCCUCGCUCUCGCGGCCGGGACGGGCGGGAGGGCUCGCUCGGGAGCGCUCGCACUGCUCAGUGUUGUCCAGAGAAUAUAUUACAAUCUUUCAAAGUCUGCGCCGGCCUAAAGUGGUUUUUCCAGCGGUAGGGCGGCUCACCCGCCUGCCCCUCGGGGUCCUGCUCCCUGCUCCAGCCCGGAGGGCCCCGAGGCAGCUGGACUUGCCCCCUCCUCGGGGUCCCCAGGGUCUGUGACAGUGGCGCUCGCGAUUUGGCCCCUUCUCAACUCCCGCUCCUUGCAUCCCACCCCCCGGCCCCGCACUCCACACUGAGGAACCUGCCUGCCCCGGAGCCGCGCGCAGACACCUGCAGAACUGCCGGGCCGCGCCCACAAGCAAUACCUCGUUCAGCGGGACCAAACUGGCAGCAGCCACAGCUGGGCACUCUGCCACCGGCCCGGCCCUGGCCAGCACUCCUCCAUGGGGCCAUCUUUCCCGGGGCCCCUGAACCCCGUUUUUGUUGAACAGACUGGACUAUUUGUUUUUUGGGGUUUUGUUUUUGUGUUCAAAGGGAUUUGAUCCUUUUGAAUUUUGCACAGCCCUAGGUAAAUAUUUAUGUAUAUAAAUAAUUCCUUUUGAUAAAAGGGCCUUUGCUUCUGAUUGUAGGAGCACUGUGGAACGUGUGUAAAUACAUGUAAAGUCGGUGUGCACCCCACGGGCCCAGCCCCCGGGAGCCGCCCCAUCUGUGCACGCAGGGGGCAGGGAGGCCUCGGGGGCCAGCCUGGUGCUGAGACCUGUAGACUCGUUGUUCAGUUCGCCAGCUGCCAACCUGCGAGACCAAAGUGUGUGACUUGUCCAUGCGCAGCGAUGAUGGCAUUAAAGACUGCUAACCCUCA